CAUGGUUAGGAUUACUAGUCUGUGGACACUGGACCAAGCUUUAAGCGGGCAGAAAAAUAACUAUUUUAAUAAUUUUAUUAAAAUUUCAAGUUCUAUGAGAAAAUACGGAUUAAAAAAGCAGAUUUAUCCUUAUAUAAGCAUCAAUUUCGAUUUGGUAAUAAAUUCAACGGAAAAUUAACCAGAUAAAAUGUCUGAUGUAGAAGAAGUCCCACAAUCUCCAGAGGAGCUGCUGGCAGAAGGGCGCAGAAACCUUGCAGUGAGAGACUACAAUUCUGCAGUGGAGUGCUUGGCAAAGGCCUGUGAGCAUCUCGCAAAGACCCAUGGGGAUAUUGCAGAUGAGUGUGCUGAGGCUUAUUUAUGGUAUGGGAAAGCUUUACUAGGGCUCUCAAGGGAAGAGAAUGGUGUCCUUGGAGAUGGCAUGCCAGGUGCUAAUAAUGAGGAAGAUGAUAAUGAAGAAGAGAAUGAUGAGGAGAGUGGUAAAAAUGCUGCAGAAGAAAAGGGAGAAGUAGUGGCAAAAGAAAAUGGAGAAGUGGAAAAGAAUGAAGCAGAGUCCACCACAAAAGAUGAGGAGCCAGCCAGCAGCACUGCUGAAGCUGACGAGUCCAUGGUCGAUGAUAAACCUGGAACAUCAAAUGGGGAAGGUGAUGAAUCUAUGGUGAACUUGGACAAUGAAGAUGACGUUGAUAAUUUACAACUAGCCUGGGAGAUGCUUGAUUUGUCGCGCAGCAUCCUUCAGAAGCGCGCCGAGUCGGGCGGCGAGGCGGCGCGCGCGCUGCUCGCCGACGUGCACCUCGCGCUCGGCGAAGUGGCUCUGGAGAGCGAGACCUACGACAAGGCUGUCAUUGACAUGAUGAGCUGCUUGGAUAUACAAAAAGAGCUGUACAAAAGUGAUGACCGACGCAUAGCUGAGACUCAUUAUCAUAUUGGUAUCGCAAACUCCCUCGCAUCCAACUUCGAAGACGCGAUAACACACUUCAAAAACGCAGCCAACAUCCUCGAAACACGUAUCAAGACCUUAGAAAACCCCACCAGUGUCACAGAUGAUGCAACCGUCAAGAAGUAUACCACUACCGACCCCUUCUAUACUGUAGAAGGAGAGAUCAAGGAGCUGAAGGAGUUACUGCCAGAGAUUCAGGAGAAGAUCCAGGAUAUGAUGGAUUACAAAGCUGAGACGAUAAAACGCGUGCGCGAAACUCUAUUUUCAUCCAACGGCGAGUCAACGGUGUCAUCAGCCAACGGCGCCAGUGCAGCCGGUUCCAGUGCCGCAGCGCCCAAGCCUGCCGCGGCAGACAUCUCCCAUCUCAUCAAGCGCAAGAGGAAGACCAGCGGCGAAGACGCACCGGCGCCCAAACGCGUUAACACGUGAAUAGAUAACAUGAGAUGUGCAUACCUGUUGUAACUUGAAACAUUAAUAAACAUUAAGUAAUUUAUAAUAGACAAUUCUUUCAACUUUACAUACAUACAAAACUUUAGGAACAUUCUAAUUGAACGAAUUCAAUUGAGACGAAAAUCUCAGUGAGCGUUAAGAUGCAUGACACGGGUCUGCCCGCGAAAUUCAAAAAUUUGGUUUUUCGCAAUUCAUAAACUAAUAUGACAAAGUAGGUUUAUGGCAUUCUAAUCCCGACAAUGGCAGUAUGAUCUU